ACGGUGGCCGAGUGCGUCCUCUACUACUACCUGACCAAGAAGAAUGAGAACUACAAGAGCCUGGUGAGGCGGAGCUACCGGCGCCGCGGCAAGAGCCAGAGUGUGUGGACUUUCGGGCUCGAGAACCGGCAGCUGGUGUGGAAAACUCAGCGGUCGCAAGCCUCCCCCUCUGGCCUCAGGGAGAAGACGGACGACACUUCCGGGGAGGACAACGACGAGAGGGAGGCUGUGGCCUCCAAAGGCCGCAAGACCGCCAACAGCCAGGGGAGGCGCAAAGGCCGCAUCACCCGCUCCAUGGCCAACGAGGUCAACGUCGAGGAGGCCGCCACCCCCCAGCAGAGCGCCGAGCUGGCCUCUAUGGAGCUGAAUGAGAGUUCCCGCUGGACUGAGGAGGAGAUGGAGACGGCCAAGAAAGGCCUCCUGGAGCACGGCCGGAAUUGGUCGGCCAUCGCCCGCAUGGUGGGCUCCAAGACCGUGUCACAGUGUAAGAACUUCUACUUCAACUACAAGAAGAGGCAGAACCUGGACGAGCUCCUGCAGCAGCACAAGCUGAAGAUGGAGAAGGAGAGGAGUGCGCGGAGGAAGAAGAAGAAAGCACCAGCAGCUGCCAGCGAGGAGGCUGCGUUCCCACCCGCGGCGGAGGACGAGGAGAUGGAGGCGUCGGGGGCGAGCGGGAAUGAGGAGGAGAUGGCAGAGGAGGCGGAAGGCUCCACCGGCCCGCAGUGUCCCUGCAGCGGGACCCGGUCCUCCUUGGAGAGGCCCUUCACCAGUCUGCCUGCGGUCAGGGUGGGAGAGGUGGAGGAGCAGAAGCCCCCCGUGGCCGAGGAGCCGGCCGGGGACUUGGGGCCGGCGGAGGAGCCUGGGGCGCCCCCCGAGGAGCCCGUCCCGGGCACGUGCCAGGCGGAGGCGGAGGGUCCUGACGCCAGCAAGGGGGAGACUGAGACGCCGCCCGAGGGGGCGCCCAAGGCGGAGAAGAAGGAGGGCGGGGCUGGCCGGGCUGCAGCCAAGGGCGCCGGCGCCCCCCAGGACAGCGACUCCAGCGCCACCUGCAGUGCCGACGAGGUGGAUGAGCCCGAGGGCGGCGACAAGAGCCGGCUGCUGUCCCUGCGACCCAGCCUCCUGACCCCGGCAGGGGACCCCAGGGCCAGUGCCUCGCCCCAGAAGCCGCUGGACCUGAAGCAGCUGAAGCAGCGGGCGGCCGCCAUCCCCCCCAUUCAGGUCACCAAGGUCCUCGAGACCCCCCGGGAGGACGCGGCUCCCCCCAAAUCGGCUGUCUCCGCCCCGACACCGCCACAGCACCUGCAGCCGGAGAGUGACACCCCCCCACAGCCCGGCAGCAGCCCUCGGGGCACAAGCAGGAGCCCUGUACCUCCCGCCGAGAAGGAGGCAGAGAAGCCCGUGUUCUUCCCGUCCUUCGUGGCUGAGGCCCAGAAACUGCCCGGGGAGCCCCCCUGCUGGGCUUCCGGCCUGCCCUUCCCCGUGCCCCCUCGGGAGGUGAUCAAGGCCUCCCCACACGCCCUGGACUCCUCAGCCUUCUCCUACGCGCCACCCGGGCCAGGUGUCCGUACUACGCCGAUGGCUCCAUGCACCGUCUCCUCAAACCACCCGGCUGCCGUGGCCCCGUUACGGGGGAGGGGGAUGUCACAGCUGCAUGUCCCGUACUCGGAGCACGCCAAGGCCCCCGUGGGCCCUGUCACCAUGGGGCUGCCCCUGGCCAUGGACCCCAAGAAACUGGUGCCCUUCAGCGGGGUGAAACAAGAACAGCUGUCACCACGCAGCCAGGCUGGGCCCCCGGAGAGCCUGGGGGUGCCCACGGCCCAGGAGACGUCCGUGCUGAGAGGCUCGGCUCUGGGCUCGACUCCGGGCGGCAGCAUCACCAAAGGCAUCCCUGGCACACGGCUGCCCUCGGAGAGUGCCGUCACCUACCGCGGCUCCAUCACCCACGGCACGCCGGCCGAUGUCCCGUACAAGGGCGCCAUCACCAGGAUCAUCGGGGAGGACAGCCCCAGCCGCCUGGACCGGGGCCGGGAGGAUGGCCUGCCCAAGGGCCACGUCAUCUACGAGGGCAAGAAGGGCCACGUCCUGUCCUACGAGGGAAGCGUGUCGGCGUCCCAGUGCCCCAAGGAGGACGGCCGGAGCAGCUCGGGGCCGCCCCACGAGGCGGCCGCCCCCAAGCGCACCUACGACAUGAUGGAGGGCCGCAUGGGCAGGGCCCUCUCCGCCGGCAUCGAAGGUCUCAUGGGCCGUGCCAUCCCGCCGGAGCGCCACAGCCCUCACCACCCCAAAGAGCCGCAUCACAUCCGCGGGUCCAUCACGCAAGGGAUCCCCCGCUCCUAUGUGGAGGCUCAGGAGGACUACUUGAGGCGGGAGGCCAAGCUGCUGAAACGCGAGGGCACGCCGCCACCGCGGGACCUGGCCGAGGCCUACAAGACCCGGCCCCUGGAGGCCCUGGGGCCCCUGAAGCUGAAGCCGGCGCACGAGGGCCUGGUGGCCACGGUGAAGGAGGCCGGCCGCUCCAUCCAUGAGAUCCCACGUGAGGAGCUCCGGCGCACGCCCGAGCUGCCCCUGGCUCCGCGGCCGCUCAAGGAGGGCUCCAUCACGCAGCCCGAGCUGGGCAAACCGCGGCAGAGCCCCCUGGCCUACGAGGACCACGCGGCGCCUUUCGCCAGCCACUUGCCACGCGGCUCGCCGGUGACCACGCGGGAGCCCACGCCGCGCCUGCAGGAGGGCAGCCUCUCGUCCAGCAAGGCGUCGCAGGACCGCAAGCUGGCGUCCACGCCCCGGGAGGUCGCCAAGUCCCCACAGAGCACGAUGCCCGAGCUCCACCCACAUCCCCUGUCGCCCUAUGAGCACCUGCUGCGGGGCGUGAGCGGCGUGGACCUGUACCGCGGCCACAUCCCCCUGGCCUUCGACCCUGCCGCCAUCCCCCGCGGGAUCCCCCUGGAUGCAGGUGACUGCCCCGGCCCCACCCCGAGUGUUCAGGCCGGCGGCCUGGCCUUGUCCUCCCCGGAUUACACCCAGCCCACCUCCCCAGGCAUCAUCGACCUGUCCCAAGUGCCACACCUGCCCGUGCUGGUGCCGCCGACGCCAGGCACCGCGGCUACGGCCAUGGACCGCCUCGCCUACCUCCCUGCUGCCCCCCAGCCCUUCAGCAGCCGCCACAGCGGCUCCCCGCUCUCCCCAGGAGGCCCCCCGCACCUGACGAAGCCGGCCACCACGUCCUCCUCCGAGAGGGAGCGGGAGCGAGAGAAGUCCCUCCUCACAACCACCGCCACGGUGGAGCACGCGCCCAUCUGGAGGCCCG